AUGGCCGACGUUAAAGAGGAGAGAGAUCGAGAGGGCCGCAGCGAGAAGAAGAGCUUCUGGGGCAGCAUCUUUCGCAACAGGAGUCUGGCAAAGAAAGGGAGACUGGAGAAUCCAGAAUCGCGCCGGGCGAGCGAUGGAGACGUAGUCCCGCGGAGACGCAAGUCAUUACCAGACAUGCCAAAGGCCUCGAGAACAGUCGAGUCUCCCAACGGCCACCCAAAUCUUCACCCAGACCACCCUCGUUCGCGCAGACGACCUAGAAGGCCUGAUCCCGCAAGAGCAAAAGGAAAAGGUCGCGCGCAUCCCAAUGGCAUCAUCCUCGAGCAGGGACCACUAACAGAAUGGCCGCCCUCCGGCAUGUCAAGUCAAGAGGAGCUCACCCUUGGCCAUGCUAUGGAACUCGUCUCCCGCGGCGCCCCGGCCCACAAAGGCCACAAGCGCCCUGUACCCCAUGCAUCCGAUCAUUAUUACGCCCUCUACACCACGUCCGCCGGCAACGAUGCCGAAGAAACGGAUGUCGUCAAUUUGCACGACCACAUGACCCAACUGAUGACCCUUCGUAUGCAGGGUGGCGGUUCAGCGAUAUAUCCGUGGGAGUCCUUGGAACAGCCGAGCUUCGCCUACUUUUACGGUCAACAGCCCGGCACCAUCACCUUGAACCAAUGGGCUUGUCUGGCUAGCAUCAAGCCUCCAACGAUCGGUUUGAGAGACUCUGGCGCAACGGCACGAGAGGUCGGCUUGGAUCGUAUCUUUGAGCGUCUGAAGGAGCUGGAGGCGGGGUUGGAAGACGAUGACGAAGAGUGGAUGUACAAAAGCUUAUAUCGCCGCUUCCUCCGCGACCCCGACAAGAUGAUGAGCCCGCACAAGGGACUCGACAAGCAGAUUACGGAUCUGAUCAUGGUCUUGUCACGUCCGGACUGGAUCGACUUUACGAACCCCAAGAAUCAAGUUGUCACUCGCUUCAUUUUCGACCCAAGCCACGGAAGCCAACAGCAGUAUAUCAAGUUUUGCCACCAACUCGUUCUCAGCAUGGAACUUGAUCUACGGAUCAAUUCGAGAUUGCAUGGGGAAUGGGCCAAGGAGAAGCUACUGCCUCAAUUACCGCCCACCAUCCAGUGGGAUCUUGCGCUCGCCAGACGCUGGCGGGAACAUGUAAGGGUUGAGGGUUAUGGGAAGUCGGUUGAAGAUAUCAACCUACGCUUCAGGCUGAAGAAGCGCCAGAUCAAGAUGCUACGGCGCUUUGCUCAGAUGAUGAAGUGGCCAAACCUGAGCCAGACCCUCGAUAAAAUGAAGCAGAGGGACAUGGACGCAACAUUGGACAUUAUCAGCUCCGACGCGUUGGCAUUCUUCAGCGGUCUUGUACUGCCAGGCACAACGUUUCCAUUCCUCAUCAUGAACACCCUCAUCGACAUUGACCCUGACAAGGCAACCGACUCCUUGGCCAUGAUGACGCACCUACAUCCUCACUGUGGGUUUCAAUAUAGGAAUAGUUACACCUACUGGACUGCUGCUUCGAUUGUCGGAAAGGUCCUAGCCCCGACUUGUAGAUCGUUGGCAGGUUGGGUCGGGCCAGCCCGUCCGACCGCCGAUCUUGGCCGAUCGCAAAUCGCCCGCGUGCGCUCUCGGCGUCCCCGGCAGCGCAUGACCCCCGAAGACGUACAGUCGAUGAGCGAACGAUCUGACCCUCUGGGUCCCCCGGCUGAGGUAUUCCCGGUUAAGGAAUACAAGCUCGUGGCUCCCGACGCAGACGACAUUGUUGAUACUGUCCGAAUCGAGCUACUGAGCUUCAAGGCUGUCCCGGACCGUUUCCAGGAACCACCGCCAGCGCCGAAGGUGUUUGAUGCGACGGUGCAAUUCGCAGUGGAUGGGGUGUCCUGGCCUAUGCGCCUCACAUACGAUGUGUCCUUUAUCUCAGCCUGGCCGUGCUCAGGGGGUCCUCAUCCACUGUUCUUCGACUACGUCUUCCAAACCGUCAAGGCCGAUGAGAUCAUGAACAUCAAGGAUUGGGGUGGUCUGUAUGGUCAGUCUCCAAGUGCUCGUAGUUCGAGGACAAGCUCGACAGCAGGCCCCCACACAGCAAGCAGCCAGGAUCAAAUCGACGAAGAGCAGGUGUUGGUAGUGGAGGCCUUUGGAGUCAGGGACAACGAGGUUUUGGCACGGGCCUGGUGUUCACACUGGGGACUGAGUGCUGUGAUUGCCGAUAUUCGCAAGACAUGCAUGGCUUGUGCUAUCCGCGAGGCAUAUGCGGCAACGUUAACGGUGGUGGUUUUGGUGGACGACCAGGAAUACAAUACGGACGACUAA